UAACCAACUAUAAUUAAUGGUUAAUUGCCAUCUAUUUUUUGGAUAUUGAUGUUUAAUCUCGAACUUGUCUCAUGUGAACGCGAUGAUUGAGUCGUGCUCGAAGAAACGGAUGCUACUUGGCGUAUCAUUCCUAGGAGGGCACGGAUAAAACACGUCAAUUCCCACAGACCUUCACUUCCAAAACGACACACGAUUCUCAUCAUGGAUGUCAAUUACAUUUUGUGGGUUCCUGUAGAUCAUUCCGUUUUUGGCAGAUUGACGAUAUUGGUUUUAAUAAUCGAGAGCCAUUGGACAGAAGGCAGCGAUACAAAGCUGUUCAUUGAGACAGUGGAGAACAAUUCAACCUGCUGGCAGCGAGAGCAAUACGAAGUGAUAUCGGCCUGUCAUCCAUGCACAGCGUUUGAAAUUGCUAGUAAAAGCAUAGGUGUUUGUAUCCACACUAGUUACAAAGAAGUUCUCAAAUGUAAAAACGGAGAAACCGUAACCAGGAGUUGUGAUAGAGUUGCCUGGCUAGAAGAACGUCUUUUCUGGAAAUUUGAGUGCUCCAUGUUUGCGUUGGCAGUUUUAUCCUGUAUGAGUGUAUUUUGGAGGGAAAACAUUCUUCGACAAAGGAUAGUGAGAAAAGUAGCAAAACAAUUGAGAGCAAGCGUUUAA